CAAUCCAUUUAAUCGAUUAUUAUUUGUUUCCCGUCUCUUAAAAACGCACUGCCUUCGUCUUCGUCUCCAUUUUCUCUCAGAACUCAGCCUGGCGGCGAAACCCUAGCCUCUUCCCUUUCAAUUCCUUUUUCGAUUUUCCUCAACAAUUUCCUCACCAAAUUUCACCAAAGUUCAUCAAAUUCAAAGAGGGAAGAUGCCAAGAACCAAGAACAUUGCCUCGCGACAAGAAAUAGCGGCGGCGAAAGAAGGGGAACGUCCAUGGCGUAAAGAAGGGAGCAAAUACAUCCACAUUCAAACCGGGCUUGUCUUCAGAACGGGAGCUUCAGUCGAGAGGUUCCACAACAACUUUCUCACAAAGGAGAUCGUCUCACCGAAGAUUGUGGACAAGGACCUCUUCAAACCGGCGACCUAUGCCCCGAACUCGCUAUCUCUCGUCUCCUUUGUUGACGACAAAAACAUUGAAAUUGAUGGUGCUGGUUUGACCUCUCUUUUUGGCCUUCGCCGAGGUGAAAUUACCGAAAACUUGGAUGAAGCAUUCCAAGAUGAGGCAAUUUGGCGACAACUCGGGUUAGAUCAUCGUGACCUCAAGUUUAGAAAUUCUAGCAACCCGAGUGUCAUUAACCUCAAUUUGAUUCAACGCAUUCAACAAUACAUCUUCUCCUAUGGCGUUGUCAACAAGGACGAUAUUCGUUUGUUUCAUGUCCUGUUAAACAAUGUCAAAUUUGAUUGGGUUCACUUCUUUGUCGUUGCACUUAGUGAUGGUACUCGUUUUUCUCAUCUCCGUUUUGCCAUCCCGAUCAUGCAUAUCCUUGCUCAUAGCAAAGUGGAUUUUACUCGGGAAACUCAGGUGCCGGUGAAGAAGACUUGCAUCAUCACGGAAGCCAAGUUUACCCGAAAUGUCUACCGCGAGGAAACUGAGCAAAAUCUGGAACUGGUCAUUCUAGACGAAGAGGAGAGAGAGACAGAAGCUCAGUCAUCUCAGGCUGGAGGGAGUCGAACCACGCAGCGCGUGACUCACCAAUGCACGACUCGUCCAAGAGAAGAAGCACUAGAACCUUCUUGGGUGAAGAGGAUCUUUAAUACUCUCACGUGCAUCCGAGAUGACGUUCGCCAGCUCAACGAGAGGAUGACUCGUGUUGAGCAAUCCCGCUCCUACCGUGUCCCGCGUCACUGCUUUAGUGGAGGAGCUCGUCCGGCGAACUCUCUUUGAUUAUAUUACCUUCUGUCUUGACUUAUUAUGAUACAUUGUUAUUUGCUAUGGUUAUUGUUUUUAUAACUCUUUUGGUGGAUGAUGAUAUUGCUUUGGAUUAUGCUAGUUAUUAUUGAUAUUUGUUGGUUGGCUUGGCAAUAUGGUUCUCUUUUAGAACAUAUUAUCCCUUUGUGUUUUUCUUGUUAGAUGUUCUCUUUUUAAAGAAACUCUUGCAAAUUUU